AUGGCUCGGCUCCUCGCUUCGUUUCUCGCCAUCUCUGCAGUCGGAAUCUCGUCGAUCGCAGCUCAGAACCGAGAGAAGGCGUGUGAUAAGGCUGUCAACCUGGGAGUCACCUUCUACACCUCCUCCGAAUUAGUGCCUGUACGCGAGAGAGAAAAAGCUGGCUGAUAGAAUGUUUCCAGAUCCUUUCUUGUGCCGAGACUGCCUGGUACAACAACCCGAAUGACACUGCUACUAUCAUUUCCAGUAAACUCGCCGCACCUACUUUAUAUCACCUAACAGCUUGUAUUUGAGAUGGAAAGACGUGUGUGAUCAACAACAGUAUGAGCAAGGCCCUUUCGGCACUUUCCCUCUACAACGGAUGUGAGUUCAUCUGAAGCUCCACUCAUCCACCGUAUCCCUCUUUCAGUCAACGGUUGCACGGACCUGAUGACUCUCCUUGACAAGAUGACCAAUCCGUUUUUGAAUCAGUGCAAGCAAGUCAUCAACAAAGCGACAAAAGUGUUGAAUAGCUGCAAGACGACGAACACGAAGACAGGAACGGCGAAGCAGAAUGCGUGCAUGAAUCAAGUGUACGGACAGUGCAUCGCCAUGGUCACCAAGGCGUUCGUCAACAAAGUGUGCACCGCCCUUGCCGGAGUUUGUUAUCGUAUCCCCACCUGUCGUCUGAAAUUGUAAGCUUCCAGAAAAUGUCUGCGACGCAGUGGAACUGCUGCAAGACCUACGCUCCGAAGGUGGUCAACGUGAAACUCUACGACUGCUACAACAUUGUGAAGACCUGA